GGAAAGGGAUGUUCAGUUUUUAUUUUGGUGCUGGGUUUGAGGGGGAGGGGGAGGAUACUCCCCUCGCAGUCUGGAGCGUGGUUCCCAUAGCAACGGGACGCCCACUGCCGGCGAACUCUCGCGGGAGGGUUCGCGAGAGUGGCGGCGGUGUCAAUGGCAACGGCACGCGAGCAACUGGCAAACCCAACGCCGUGAUGUCGGAGGAGCAGGAGGACGGCGCUUUCUACCUGCAGCAGGUUACUAUUACAGAAGAAAGUGAAGGAGACUACCAGUAUGAAGAGAUUCCUGCUGAUGAUGACAUCAGUAUUCCAGAAGGAGAUGAAAGUUUGGAGAAUAUAGUGAAAACAAUAGAACAACGGAAUGAAGAUUUAAAAGCUGCAGCUGAGGAGAACGAUUUGGUUCUGGUGCAGCCUGUGUGCCAAAGAGGAGAAGUGAUUGAUGAUUUUCUCAGAAAUUUUCUUAUCAAGAUGGGAAUGAUGAAAACUCUGGACUGUUUUCAAAUUGAAUGGUAUGAAAUGCUGCAAAAAGGUCUACUGAAAUUACAGAAUGUGGGAUUUGUUCCUGAUGUAUAUGCUCAAAAUCAGCUGCUGGAAAAUGAAGUGAAAAAUUUGAAGAAAGAUCUUGAGAACUGCAAGAUUGCGACCAACACAGCUGUUGAAACAUUAGUAAAACUGAGGAAAGAACGCGAUUUCCAUAGAAUGCAUCAUAAGCGUGUGGCACAAGAAAAGAACAGACUCAUCAAUGAUAUUAAAAGGCUUAAGAAGCACUAUGAAUCCUUUGAACCUACCCUGAGCAAGAUCAAAGAGAAAUAUAAUACUGCAAUAAAGCAAAAAAUGCUGACAAGUUUGGAGAAAGACAGAGCUCUAGUGCAGGUGUCAGGUUUGCAAGCAACCUUGCGUGCUAUAGAAUGUGGAUGGAAUUUGCCAGGUGCUAUGACUUCAGGUACUAAUUCAGUGGGGUGUCACUUAAAAACCAUGAAAAAGACUGGAAAUAAGGGCCACAACGAAUGUAAAAAAGAUGGUCCUAGCCAAAGAGCACUUGCUGAAGCUAGAGCACUUGCUGAAGCUAAAGAGGACAAACAUCAUUGUGAUCCACCUGAUGAUUCAACAAAGCAGUUGGAUUCUGAAUUUCCAGUCGACACAAGAGUGAACCCAUAUCUUGCUCAGAUGAAAGGCUCUCCCAGUAAUUUACUUAGAUCAGGUGGAUGCAAACUAACAAAGACACUGAAAGUACAUGAGCUAGCAGUGAGCUGCCUAGCUCUUCACCCACGAAAACAAAUCCUGGUGACUGGAAGUGAUGAACGCCUCUGGAAAAUGUGGUCCAUUCCCAAUGGUGACAUUAUCAUGACGGGUGAAGGUCAUGGUGAUUGGCUUUCUGGCUGCUGCUUCCAUCCCAGUGGAAAUAUGCUAGCUACCACCAGUGGAGACAAAACAGUGAAGAUUUGGGAUUUUGCGAAGGUUGAAUGUGCAUUCACAUUUACUGGCCAUCUUCAUGCUGUCUGGGGCUGCUCAUGGCACAGCUGUGGUGACUUUAUAGCAUCUUGUUCCAUGGAUAACACUAUUAAGAUCUGGGAUAUAAACAGUAAAAGGUGUAGACAGACGCUCCGAGGUCAUGUUGAUUCUGUGAAUAGCGUUGAGUUUCUCCCCUUCUCCAACACGCUGCUCACCAGUGCAGCCGACAAGACCAUUUCUCUCUGGGAUGCCAGGACGGGACUGUGUGCUCAAACUUUCUUUGGUCAUCUGCAUUCCUGCAAUGAUGCCACCUUUAAUUUGAAGGGUGAUACAGUUGUUUCCUGUGACUCAUAUGGAAUUCUAAAGCUUUGGGAUGUUCGGAAAGUGGCAAUAAUGCUAUCAGUUGAUGCAGGCCCUCAUCCUGGAAACCAAGUGAUUUUCCACCCAUCAGGUCAACUAGUGGUCAUGGCCAGCAACGAUGGGACUGUGAAGAUAUUGGAUCUGCCCUCGGGUCAGUUGUACAGCCUUUCAGGACAUGAAGACGCUGUGCAGUGUGUGCUGUUUGACCACAAGGGUGAAUAUGUGGUAUCAGGAGGGUCUGAUGGUACCAUCCGCCUCUGGACAUAAAGCAAUAGUUAUAGUAUCCAAGUGUUGAUUCCACCUCUUGAUUAGUUUAAGAUGUGCUUUUGACUCUUACUGUGUGAAUCGGAAUUAUUUUGUGGAAAAUUGGAUAAUGUAGUGGAAAGCUCUUCUAUACUGUGUAACUACAGAGUGUAAUAAUCAACUUAGCUCAUCUUUUGUCAGUUAUUAAAUUGGUGUGUUUGAAAGAUACUGGGUGUUUAUAAUGUUUCUAUGUAAUUGGUGUGG